CACAGCACCGGGACCAGCGGCGGUACGACCACGUGCGCAAGACUGGGUACCGGCCCAAGGAGCGGAAGUUUGAAGUGGGCGACUUGGCCUACCUGCGGCGGCAGCCGGCGGACAAGACGGACGUGUCCGUCACGCGCGGGGCCUACCGGGUGCACCAGGUCGGCUCCAACGGGCGCAUGGUGUUGCAAGGGGCGGACGGGACGCUGUUCAAGGAGCACAUCGAGAACUGCGCCCCCUGCCACAACCCCAACAUCGACAUCACCAUCGACCCAACCCUUACGACGGUGACGGCGGGACACGCCUGCCAAAUCUGCAAGAGCCCCGGCCGGCAGGCAACGAUGCUGCUGUGCGACUACUGCCUGGAGGGCUACCACAUGAGCUGCCUGGAGCCGGCAGUCAAGGAGGUGCCCAAGGGAUCCAACGGACUGACGGAGCGGUUGGUGCGCACCAUCAAAGAUGGCGUGACGCGCUACGGGACGGAGGCGGACCGGCGGACCUGGGACGAGUGGCUGCCGUACCUGGCGAUGGGGUACCGGAUGAGCCCGCAGGCAGCCCUGGGGGGCUACUCCCCCUACUUCCUGCUGCACGGCCGUCACCCCAUGCUGACAGGGGAGGCGGUCAAGUGGCAGUUGGUCGGAACUCCGAUCGAUUUCGACACACCGGAGCAGUGUGUGGAGGCCUGCCAACAGCGAGCGGUGGUGCUGCAGAGGGAGAUGCCCCUGGCACUGGGAAACCUGCUCGUGGCACAGCACCGGGACCAGCGGCGGUACGACCACGUGCGCAAGACUGGGUACCGGCCCAAGGAGCGGAAGUUUGAAGUGGGUGACUUGGCCUACCUGCGGCGGCAGCCGGCGGACAAAACGGACGUGUCCGUCACGCGCGGGGCCUACCGGGUGCACCAGGUCGGCUCCAACGGGCGCAUGGUGUUGCAAGGGGCGGACGGGACGCUGUUCAAGGAGCACAUCGAGAACUGCGCCCCCUGCCACAACCCCAACAUCGACAUCACCAUCGACCCAACCCUUACGACGGUGACGGCGGGACACGCCUGCCAAAUCUGCAAGAGCCCCGGCCGGCAGGCAACGAUGCUGCUGUGCGACUACUGCCUGGAGGGCUACCACAUGAGCUGCCUGGAGCCGGCAGUCAAGGAGGUGCCCAAGGGAGUGUGGCUCUGCCCCAGUUGCACCUAG